AUGGGCACGUCUAGUGAGGAUAGCACCACCAGUUCCAGCGAGGACUCUAACUCUUCCAUCCAUUUUCUCCCUGUCGUGACUCUCCACUCAAACAGCCGUCGCGAUGUUGAGCUUCUGCGCUCUAGCGCCAGGUCACACUUGGCCAGGACCAUGCACCGUCAGAACAAGUUCAAGACGGGCAAGUCCAAGGCUGCAGAGGGUCCGAAUAAGAGCCUAGAUCGACCGACUCUCAAGGAAGGCGAGGAUAUCGUCAACCAGCGGAAGCUGGUGCGAUACUACCAAGUGCCCGACAAGAUGGUCGAUGAUCACACCAAGAUGCUGCUGCACUAUUGCCGAACCUGCUUCUGGCCUGGUUUCGGCAUGGGUGCAGCGACCUUUCACAUCCCCCCCUUUGCCUUUAGUUAUAGCAAUCUCGUCGCUCAGGGCCCGACUUUGUACCACGCCCUCCUCUGGCAAGCAGCCGUCAACCUCAACUUCAACCGCUGCUCGAGGGUCACGGACGUCGGUAGCAUCAAACAUUACCAGCAAGCCCUGGGCCAUAUUCACCGAGAGGUCGUGAAUCCCAUUUCGGAGAUUGGAGAAACAACCCUGUACGCUAUUCUCAGCCUGGUUGGGCCCGAAUUCGGCAUCAGCCAGCAAAACCGACGAGCGUCGAUGGCCUUUGACCCACCUCUUUCCAAGCUGGCUUGGAUCCAUGCAUUCAGCAGGCAUCCCCUAACAGCGAUGCAUGCUGAUGCUCUGUAUCAUCUGGUUGACCUGAAAGGCGGCAUCGACAAGCUGCCGACACCAGGCUUCCGGGCUGACCUAAACACCAUGGAUCUUAUUCGAUCAUCGCAGAAGCUGAAGAGACCCCAUUUCCCCGUUUCCAAUGUAUUUGAUUCAAUAAAGGGGGAGCAUAACAGAGAGCUGUUUUUCGGCCAUGCUUGCGACUUUCAGGCUGUCGCCUCUAACGAGCGGUCCCCGGCAGAGAUUGACCGCCUAGUUCAGCUCGGACUGCCUCAAGAGAUGCUAGAAGUCAUGCUCGACAUGCGUGUCUGGGCUGGCAUUCUGGAAAAGUACCAGUGCCGACAAUUGUCCAAUCCUGACCUAUCACUUAUGGGCUCCCACCGAGACCUUAUUCAGCAUCGACUUCUUAGCACACUUCCAGAGUAUGACAAGUUUGGUUCCACAAUGGCUAUUGAAUGGAUUGAAGAUGCAGAGUCUGGGUCUCAGAUCAACCUUGGCGACCUUCUUCAGACAGGGUUACUGAUCUUUGCCAUCGGGGUUACAUUUCCCAUCACUUACGAUUACGCAUUCCAAGUCACUGGCCAACGCCUAAAACACCAGCUGCAACGCGAGGCCCACCUCCUCAUGGGUCUAGGCCUGCACGACCUCGUCUUGUGGCUUGGCAUGCUUGUUGCUAUGUGCGCUGAGCAAGUGGGUGACGAUGAGCUCGGUACUUGGUGCAAUGCUUGA